AGCUCUAGAACUCAAAAGGGGGCACCUUUCACCAUAUCAAUCACUGCCUCACCAACUCCCUGAUCCCGCUCGACACGCCGAUUGACACGGAUCAUUCGGUUUACAUCAACAAUACUCCGUACCAUCAUCCACAAUCCCAGCGCGUUCCUCCUGCUACAUCAACCAUCAUGGCACAGCUACCUCCCUUCGAGCACACCUCGAUCGAUGCCAUUCCCAGCAUCACGGCCGGCAUUCGCGCCAGCUUCCUUUCCCACAAGACACGGCCACUGGAGUUCAGAAUACAACAGCUGAGAAAGCUUUACUGGGGUCUCAAGGACAACUCUGAGCUUAUCGCCGAAGCAUGCAAGAAGGACAUCGGCAAAUCGAGCUUCGAGGCAUAUCUUACGGAGAUCUCUUGGACCAUGAACGACUGUAUAUUCAUGUCAAAGAACGUCACAAAAUGGGCACAGGACGAGAAGCCGGAGGACAUCGCUUUGACCAACAAAUUCUUUGGACCAAGAAUCAGGAAAGAUCCUAUGGGCACCGUGCUCGUCAUUGGAGCAUACAACUUCCCUGUCCAGCUAUCCGUCGGUCCUGUGAUCGGUGCUAUUGCUGCUGGUUGUACUGCUGUUCUCAAGCCCUCUGAGCAAGCACCGCACACUGCAGCUGUGUUGCAAAAGGUCUUUGCUGAAUCUCUUGAUCCCUCUUGCUAUACAGUUAUUCAAGGCGGCGUUCCAGAGACUACUGCAUUGCUCGAUCAAAAGUGGGACAAGAUCUUCUACACUGGUUCAGCAAACGUAGGCACAAUUAUCGCUAAGAAGGCAGCGGAAACUCUUACUCCAGUCACUUUGGAGCUGGGAGGGCGCAAUCCCGCAAUCGUUACAAAGCAAGCAGACCCACGACUUGCGGCGCGACGCUUGCUAUGGGCCAAAACUCUCAAUGCUGGCCAAGUCUGUCUGUCCCAGAAUUUCACGCUUGUUGAUAAGGAUAUUGUCCAAGACUUUAUCAGGGAGCUGAAAACCGCCCUGAAAGAAUUCUAUCCCCAGGGUGUCAAGAAGUCACCUGACUAUGGACGAAUUGUCAACCAGAGGCAAUUCCAAAGGCUCAAGAAGAUGGUGGACGACUCCAAUGGCAAGAUUGUUAUCGGAGGCGAGAUGGACGAGAGUGAACUCUUUAUUGAGCCCACCGUAGUCCUUGUCGACAGCACAGAGGACAGCAUGCUGAAGGACGAAAGCUUCGGCCCCUUGUUGCCUAUCCUGCCAGUAACAGAUUUGGAUGAGGCUAUCAAGAUCGCAAAUGAAGUGCACGAUACUCCACUCGGUGUCUACCCCUUCGGAAGCAAGGAAGAAGUUGCUAAAGUUAUCAGCCAAACCCGCUCAGGCGGAGCUUCCAUGAACGAUGGAUUCUUCCAUGCCUCUAUUCCCACAAUGCCAUUUGGCGGUGUUGGAACAUCUGGUACGGGGGCUUAUCGUGGCAAAUCUUCAUUUGAAACAUUCACCCAUCGUCGGUCCAUCACCACUACUCCAGCCUGGAUUGAGGGCAUGCUCGAUAUUCGAUACCCCCCGUAUACCCUAGCGAAACAGAACAAAUUCUCCAAGAUGAAUGGCCUCAAGCCAGACUUUGAUCGGGAGGGUCGAUCUUUAGGAUGGGCGAGCUGGUUUCUUGGGCUCAUCGGCCUCAAGAGCCUGACUGCUGUCGUUAUUGCCGUCGGUAUCAGAUUUUAUCUGCAAAGGAGGGCAAAGUUGUAAAAAAAAAAAUGGGCGUAACAUCAAAAGAUUUGUACCAUCCAAUCGGAUGAAGGGCCACAAUGUAUUUUCUACUCACUUCCACCUGCGAAUACUGCCUGGUAUAGUCGCUAUAUAUCCAUACUGUCGUUGUCGUACCCAGCCCCUAAGCGAAUCGGGGGCAUUGUCCGAUCUUAAGCUUUGAGUUCCUUUCUUUACUACGUCAGUCCCGUGAUUUUUAUUGUCUUUCAGGAUUACAGACUGAUCUGAGCAUCUCAUCAAAAUCGGAAUCCAUGUUAGCUAG